AUGACUAGCGAAUCGACUUUUCUUGCUGCAUUAACGAAUGAUAUGAAAUGUUCAUCAGCCAUUUAUUGUGAGUUGAAAGAAUUAUCAUCAUCAAUACCAACUGAAGUGACGACUCGAUUAAAUGCUGUUCCAAAAUUAUUAUACCUUGAUGGUCUUCGUGGAAUACUUUGUUUAAUUGUUGUAUUUAGUCAUUGUUUAUUAAUGGGUAAAACAAAUCAUGAAGAGAGUUUUUCGAUUUUUUUUCGUCCAUGGAUGCAACAUUCACCUUUACGUUUAUUGGUGGCAGGAGAAUUUGCUGUCGCUGGUUUUUUUGUACUAUCUGGAUGUGUUCUUGUACGACGAUAUUUUGAACAUUUUGACGAUAAUCGUAUUUUGUUUAGUGGUUUAAUUCGUCGAUUUCCACGACUUUUUAUUCCAUCAACCAUUGCUCUGUUAUUCUAUUUUGCUAUAUUACAUUUUCGACCAUUCUAUGGUUUUAAUCAAUGUCAUGAAAUUGGUGAAGGUAGUGUAGAUCCAGAAAAAAUUAAUUUCGGAUAUGUUAUUUUAAAUACAUUCGGACAAUAUUUUUGGAUGCCAGCAUUGUAUACAAUACAAUGGACAAUGCAAGUCGAAUUCGUCUGUUCGAUUUUAAUCUAUUUUUUAGCAUUUUUAGUAACUCGAUCUUUUAUUUAUCGCUAUCGCAUAGUGUUCUAUGCAUUUCUUAUACUUAUUUUACCUGUAGUAUGGUUAGCUACUCAUGGAUCAAUACCGAGACCAGUUCAGUACAUACAACCAUUUGCUUUUGGUCUUUUAUUAAGCGAUUUAGAUGCUGGUGGAUAUCUUCAUUUUUGUCAUUCAAUAAAAAUGUAUUGGACAAUUCUAAUCAAUUUGAGUCUAAUAUUAUUCACAAUAUAUUUUGGUUCAUAUCCUGUAUUCAAUACAGAUGUAGUGAAUGGUAGUGGAACAUUGUGGUCUCCAUUAGGUUGGAUGUUUGGUUGGUUUUGGAUUUCCUUGGGAGGCUUCUGUUUAUUACUUUUAUCAAUUAUAUCGAAAAACUUUCAAAAUUUUUUAUCAACAAACAUCGUUCAUUUUCUAGGUAAAAUCUCAUUUGGUAUUUAUCUUACACAUUACAUUAUUUUAUGUAUUGUGGAUGUUUCAUUUGUUCAAUGGAUAGCUCCACAUUUAGGUCGAGAUCUAGCUGUUAUUAUAGGACUAAUUAUAUUUGCAUUACCAAUUAUUUUAUCAAUUUCAUAUGCAUUCUAUUUAUUUAUUGAUGUUCCUGCCGUACAAAUUGCUGAUUGGCUUUAUUUUAUAAUUUGUAAUCGUUGCUUGAAGUUAACAAAGCGUCCACGGAAAAUAAAACGACAUAUAUGGAUCAUUCUUUUAAUUCUAUUUGCUAUUUCAAUUAUCAUUAGUUCAAUUCCAGCUCUACAAGUAAAUCAAAGAUGUGAUAAUGAUUCAUCUAAGAAUCAAACCUUAUUUAACAUAAGCAUAUGA